CUGGGUCACGUGAUGCGGCGGGAGGGUCCUUGGCUCCUCCCUCUUCAAGAUGGCGUCUUUGCUGCAGUCUGAACGGGUUCUCUAUCUUGUCCAGGGAGAAAAGAAGGUUCGGGCCCCGCUGUCGCAGCUUUACUUCUGCCGCUAUUGUAGCGAGCUGAGGUCUUUGGAAUGUGUGUCUCACGAGGUGGACUCUCAUUACUGUCCCAGUUGCCUAGAAAAUAUGCCAUCAGCUGAAGCCAAACUUAAAAAGAAUAGAUGUGCCAACUGCUUUGACUGUCCUGGCUGCAUGCACACACUCUCCACCCGGGCAACAAGCAUCUCCACACAGCUUCCAGAUGACCCAGCCAAAACCACCAUGAAGAAAGCCUAUUACUUGGCCUGUGGGUUUUGUCGUUGGACGUCUAGAGAUGUGGGCAUGGCAGAUAAAUCUGUAGCUAGUGGUGGUUGGCAAGAACCAGAAAACCCUUACACGCAACGGAUGAACAAGUUGAUUGAAUAUUACCAGCAGCUUGCUCAGAAAGAAAAGGUUGAACGAGAUCGCAAGAAACUGGCACGGCGUAGAAAUUAUAUGCCCCUGGCUUUUUCGGACAAAUAUGGUCUUGGAACCAGGCUUCAGCGACCACGAGCUGGUGCAUCCAUUAGUACCCUUGCUGGACUUUCCCUUAAAGAAGGAGAGGACCAGAAAGAGAUAAAGAUUGAGCCCGCUCAGGCUGUGGAUGAAGUGGAACCUCUACCUGAAGACUAUUACACAAGACCAGUAAAUUUAACAGAGGUCACCACCCUUCAGCAGCGCCUCUUACAACCUGACUUCCAACCAGUCUGUGCUUCACAGCUGUAUCCUCGCCAUAAGCAUCUUCUGAUCAAACGGUCCCUGCGUUGCCGGAAAUGUGAACAUAAUUUGAGCAAGCCAGAAUUUAAUCCAACAUCUAUCAAAUUCAAAAUCCAAUUGGUUGCUGUCAAUUAUAUUCCAGAAGUGAGAAUCAUGUCAAUUCCCAACCUUCGCUACAUGAAGGAGAGCCAGGUUCUCCUGACUCUUACAAAUCCAGUGGAGAAUCUUACCCAUGUAACUCUGUUGGAGUGUGAGGAAGGGGACCCUGAUAAUAUCAACAGCACUGCUAAGGUGGUGGUGCCUCCCAAAGAGCUUGUUUUAGCUGGCAAGGAUGCAGCAGCAGAAUAUGAUGAACUGGCAGAACCCCAGGACUUUCAGGAUGAUCCUGACAUUAUAGCCUUCAGAAAAGCCAACAAAGUAGGCAUUUUCAUCAAAGUUACCCCACAGCGUGAGGAGGGUGAAGUGACCGUGUGCUUCAAGAUGAAGCAUGAUUUUAAAAACCUGGCUGCCCCCAUCCGCCCCACUGAGGAAAGUGACCAGGGCACAGAAGUCAUCUGGCUCACCCAGCAUGUGGAACUCAGCUUGGGCCCGCUUCUUCCUUAAAAGGUUCCCCUGGACAGAUCCCAGCUGUGACUGUAUCACCACAAACCAUGUUAAAAUAUGGAAGACACUGCUUCAUUAGGCCUUGUUUAUAAUGAUGUACCCAUGCACUACUGAAUCCUGUUCCCAGGAGUGGAACACAGGAGUGGGAACACAGGGUAACUGCUGUUCCUCUUGCUCUCACCUCUGUUGAUACCCAUGUCUCCCUCUCUGAGCCCUGCAUGUUGAAUAACAACAUAGCUCCAUCCCAGUAAAGGGGAUGGCUGUUCCUCAGUGGCAUUAGAUUUACCACCUAAGAAACUGACCAUGUGUCUCUCCAUCUGACCUCACAAAGGAUCACAGUCUGACAGACAAAACAUAAAGUAACAACCCAAAGGUGGACCUGCCCUUAAUGAUCCAGUACUGGUCUCAAUGUACCAACUGCUUUCUGCAUUCCAUUAAAUGUAAUCUAGCAGUCUGAAACCUAUCCCUUCACUUGUCAUUAUGGUUCUCAUUUUGCCAUAGAUUUCCAUUUGCCAGAAAAAUAGAAUUGUCACAGAGUCUUCAGUUUUGUGAUGAUGGGGAAAACGUGAAAUUCUUAAGGCACUUUCAUUUGCCCUCUUCUAAGUGAAUACAGGACAUUUAUUAUUUGCUCUUACAUUCUCAAACUUUUAGGAAGAAUUUGUAAAGCAAGUAAUUACAUGUCAUAUCAAAUUCCAUUCAUUUUAAAUAUUGCCACACUACUUGGGGGGUUAAUGCUGCCAGGGAGGCAGUCUUCAUAUAUCUUACUCCCUACCUCUUCUCCUCUGCUCUGCUCUUUAACUCAAGAAUUUGUGCUGAGUAUUUGGGACCUGAAAGAAGCCCAAAGAAAACCUGAGUGGACAAGUUCACUUCUGGAAUGCAGAAAACAUUUUAAAGGUUAGAUGUUUUUUAGCAUGAUCUGAACUAAUGUUCUACUGAUUUGAAGGGGAAAUAUUCUCUUGAGUCCAAAACUUUUUAUCAUAUGGUGUAUCAAGUAAAGACCAUUUUGAUUGUAAAUUACAACAGUUCAGCAAGUAGCCCAGAACCAGUAGCCAGUAGCCAGGUGACCUACUGACAGAUACGCUGUACUUGGAUACAACUGGAGCUGAGUUGCUAAUCUUAAUUUCUGUGUUGUUUUCUAACAUGAAACUUGACAAAGUAGACCACCAGCUGCACCAUUUCUCUUUAAAAGUUAGUGGCCAACAGAUUUGGAAGAAAGAAAAAUUUCCUGUUUACCUCGGUUUUAAGUCUUUAGUUCAAAAAAAAAUCAGAUAUAUAAUCGACAAUAUAGAUAGUACCACAGUCCUUGUUUGCUCACUUGAAAGAUGAAACUAUUUAAGAAACUUUUUUGUGUAUAUGUGUGGUGCCAGGACUUGAACUCAGGGCCUACACCUUGAGCCACUCCACCAGCCCUUUUUGUAUUGGGUAUUUUCGAGAUAGGGUCUC